CCAGGAUCAGGAUGGCCAACAGUACCCCCCACAUGACAUAAAGUUUGACCUGGACUGCCUUAUCAGUCUCAAUGUACCCCCACAUCAUUGGCCGUCCACGUGCCCCUACAAACUUGUCAAACCCAAGUUAAUGGUCUGAUCAAAUCAUUGUUUGCACCCUUGGACAGUACUUAAAAGCAACCCUCUUUGUCUCAUGUCCAAACUUAUAUGCAUCAAACAUUUGAACGAUCCAAGUUGUCCGCUUGUGAACUUUCAAGUUACAUAUCAGAAAAAUAACAGAGAGAGAGAAGUUUCUUUUUGUUUUUGGUUCUUCAGUUUUGUUGAACAUGGCGAGUGUGCAACUGAAGAGAGAGAGUAGCAUGCAGGAGAGUCCUAGGACUCCAGAGGCGAAGGUGGGGAUGCAGGUGGAGGAUCUGUGGGAUGUUCAGGAAUCAAAGCUUAGUCCUACUGAAAAGCUCAACGCUUGCUUUGAGGGUAUUCCUGUCUCUGCUUUCCCGCUUGCCACUCGAGGGAUUGAGAUAAAAUCGGAUGCCAGUCUGGCUGAGGCUGUUCAAAUACUGGCCGAAAACAAGAUUCUUAGUGCACCUGUUGUCAAUGUUGAUGCACCUGAGGAUGCAACAUGGAUUGACAGAUACAUUGGGAUGGUAGAGUUUGCAGGAAUAGCUGUAUGGAUUUUGCAACAGUCAGAACCACCUUCACCUCGAAGCCCAUCAUCUCCCAGUGGAACUGAUUUUGCUGUAGCUGCCAAUGGAAUGACCUCUGCCGCUGGUCUUGGAACUUUAGGCCCUGAAGAUGCUGCAAUUACUUCUGGAAACUUUUUUGAGGCUCUAACUUCCUCUGAGUUUUACAAGAACACUAAGGUCCACGAUAUCUCAGGUUCAUUCCGCUGGGCUCCAUUCCUUGCUUUGCAGCAAUCAAACUCCUUUUUGACCAUGCUGUUACUGCUUUCAAAGUACAAAAUGAAGAGUGUUCCUGUACUUGAUAUGGAUGACGGAAAGAUUGGUAACAUCAUCACACAGUCAGCUGUCAUUCACAUGUUAGCAGAAUGCUCGGGACUUCACUGGUUUGAAAGCUGGGGAAUUAAGAAACUUUCUGAGAUUGGUCUUCCCACGAUGUCACCUAAUCAAAUUAUCAUGGUACAUGGUGAUGAACCAGUUCUUCAGGCAUUUAAGUUAAUGAGGAAAAGGAGAAUUGGAGGCAUUCCUGUCGUUGAACGUGGAGGAACAAAAGCUAUUGGUAACAUAAGCCUUAGAGAUAUACAGUUCCUUUUAACUGCACCAGAGAUCUACCAUGAUUACAGAUCUAUCACGGCGAAGAACUUCCUAAUAGCAGUUAAAAAGUACUUGGAGAAUCAUGACAAGACAUCACCUAUGUUGAGCGGCAUGAUUACAUGUACGAAAGACAAAACAGUCAAAGAGUUGAUUCAGACACUUGACUCAGAGAAGAUCCAUCGAGUGUAUAUUGUGGAUGAUGAAGGGAAUUUGGAAGGAGUGAUCACACUUAGAGACAUCAUUUCGAGGUUAGUACACGAGCCACGCGGUUACUUUGGUGAUUUUUUUGAUGGUGUGUUACCUCUACCAGAGAACAGCAGGGUUUAAGAGUUAAAUCAAAAGUUUAUGCUCUGGCUGCUCCCUAUGACUGACUUCCAUUUCUUUGUGAUUCUGCUUUUCUGAUUCGCGGUUUGUUGGAGACUAAUUGGAUAUGCAGAUUGUAACAUCGACCAGCCUUUGUACUUAAAUCUUCUGGCUUGACAGGUUCGAAUUUCUGUAAAUUUUGGUGUAUUCAGGAACUCUUAUCGGAACAUUCUGUGUUGCAAUAUAAUAAGAAGAACACAUCUUGUUUUCUUCUUGAAAUGAA